GCGCCAAAACAUCCCAUUGUCCGUCACUUUUGCAACAUAUUUGCAUCGAACUACUGAAUUCAUCACCUCAGCAUCAGCAUUAUUCAAGAAAAUUUCUAUCAGGAAAGCACUGUUGUGGCUCCAAUUUGAAUUAUAUAACUUUAUAUUCCUAACAAUUAUAAACAUUUUACCUCAACUAACAAAGUUUUUGUAAAUCAACGUAGUUACCACUGUACAAAAUGUUCGAAGCACGCCUCCUCUCAGCUAUUACCCUUAAAAAAGUUCUUGAUGCUAUCAAGGAUCUCCUUAAUGAAGGAACCUUCGAAUGCAGUGAUUCUGGAAUCCAACUUCAAGCAAUGGACAAUUCCCACGUCUCUUUAGUUUCGUUAAGUCUUCGCUCUGAUGGUUUCGACAAAUAUCGAUGUGAUCGUAACAUUUCAAUGGGAAUGAACCUCGGCAGCAUGGCCAAGAUUCUUAAAUGUGCCAACAAUGAGGAUAAUGUUACAGUUAAAGCUCAGGAUAAUGCUGACACUGUUACCUUUAUGUUUGAGUCUCAGAACCAGGAAAAAGUCUCUGACUAUGAAAUGAAACUGAUGAAUCUCGAUCAAGAACACUUGGGCAUUCCUGAGACAGAAUACAGCUGCGUUGUUCGAAUGCCCUCCAUGGAAUUCGCUCGCAUAUGCCGAGAUUUGGCACAAUUUGGUGAGUCGGUGGUUAUUUGCUGCACCAAAGAAGGAGUCAAAUUCUCUGCUUCCGGAGAUGUCGGUUCGGCUAAUGUAAAAUUAGCCCAAACAUCAAAUGUUGACAAAGAAGAGGACGCCGUCACGAUUGAAAUGCAGGAACCAGUCACUCUUACAUUCGCCUGCCGCUAUCUGAAUGCAUUCACAAAAGCAACUCCAUUGUCUAAUCAAGUGCAGCUGUCGAUGUCAGCAGAUGUUCCUUUAGUGGUCGAAUACCGUAUUCCCGAUUUAGGACACAUCCGGUACUAUCUUGCACCCAAGAUCGAGGACGAUGAGAGUUAAGUUGAUGGGUCACUUACCUUCCUUCGUGUCUGUUAUUUCCAUGUUCAUUUAGAUUUACACAAUUUUUCCAUAAAUACUUACUGCAUAUUUUUGAUAUUUUAACUGUAUUCUGGCAUUGCGUAAUCAUUGCCAUGAAAGUUUGUACAAAAUAAUAAAAAAGAGGUAAUCUACCUUGAACUUAAA